CCGUGACAGUGUUGAAGAUCCUCUUUACCUCUCUCUGAGUCAACAGGAGCGAUGCGUUUCCACCGGCGGUGGGGCUAUUCUGGACUCUCCCCUCCAGUGUGCGCUGUUUACUUCCUCCGCACUUCCCCUUCCUGCCGCCUGCUCAGAUCACUGUGGCCCCGGUGGGGGUGGGCUGACCCUUUCUCUCCAGCGCCUUUUGUCAAUGAGCUCCCUCCAGGGGCUGGAUUCAUAGCAAGGCUGUGGUGGUAGCAACGGUUUCUUUCUUGAAAGUUUUUGGCCAUUUAGCCUGUACUGGGCACUGUGCCAGAUGGCCAGGGAUUCGAAGCACGUGUCUGUCCCUCUUUCUUCCAGGCCAUAGCAGGACCCCAUGGUAGCCAGGUGGGUGAAGGGGAGCGAGGACGUGCCACUUGCCCAGCAGAAGAUUCCUGACUUACAGAGUGAGUGACCAGGUGGUCCCAGGAGCCUGAAAAUGGAUGCCAUCCACAUUGGCAUGUCCAGUGCCCCCCUGGUGAAACAUGCCAAUGGAGUUGGACUCAAGGCCCAUAGACCUCGAGUCAUGUCCAAGAGUGGACACAGCAAUGUGAGAAUUGACAAAGUGGAUGGCAUCUAUCUGCUCUACCUUCAGGACCUGUGGACAACGGUCAUCGACAUGAAGUGGCGGUACAAACUCACCCUGUUUGCGGCCACAUUUGUGAUGACCUGGUUUCUGUUUGGAGUGGUCUACUAUGCCAUAGCAUUCCUUCACGGCGACUUAGAACUUGGGGACCCUAAUUCUAACCACACGCCCUGCAUUAUGAAGGUGGAUUCUCUCACGGGAGCCUUCCUCUUUUCCCUGGAAUCCCAGACAACCAUUGGCUACGGGGUCCGUUCCAUCACGGAGGAGUGUCCUCACGCCAUUUUCCUCCUGGUUGCCCAGCUGGUCAUCACCACGUUGAUUGAGAUCUUCAUUACAGGGACCUUCCUGGCCAAGAUCGCAAGACCCAAAAAGCGAGCUGAGACCAUCAAGUUCAGCCACUGUGCUGUCAUCAGCAAGCAGAACGGGAAGCUGUGCUUGGUCAUCCAGGUGGCCAACAUGAGGAAGAGCCUCCUGAUCCAGUGUCAGCUCUCGGGAAAACUCCUCCAGACGCAUGUCACCAAGGAGGGAGAGCGCAUCCUCCUCAACCAGGCCACCGUCAAAUUCCACGUGGACUCCUCUUCUGAGAGCCCCUUUCUCAUUCUGCCCAUGACCUUCUACCACGUGUUGGACGAGACAAGCCCCCUGCGGGACCUCACCCCGCAGAACCUGAAGGAAAAGGAGUUUGAACUGGUGGUCCUUCUCAAUGCCACCGUGGAAUCCACCAGUGCCGUCUGCCAGAGUCGAACAUCUUACAUCCCGGAGGAGAUCUACUGGGGAUUUGAGUUUGUGCCUGUGGUUUCUCUCUCCAAAAAUGGAAAGUACGUGGCUGACUUCAGCCAGUUUGAGCAGAUCCGGAAGAGCCCGGAUUGUACCUUCUACUGUGCGGAUUCUGAGAAACAGAAGCUGGAAGAGCAGUACAGACAGGAGGACCAGAGGGAGCGCGAGCUGAGGAGCCUCUUGCUACAGCAGAGCAAUGUCUGACCCCGGCUGACCUCUGGACCCCCUCCCAGAGCUGCCUCCUCACCAGGUCUCCUCUCAAAAACCAACAGCUGCUGCGAACAUGGGCCAGGCAGACCUGAUACCAAACCACGGAGAUAGCCAUGGCCACCUGAUACCAAACCACGGAGAGAGUCAUGGCCCAGCUUUCUCUUUGUUCUGACAGCUGAACAAACCUCUCUGCAUAUAAAAGGAUUUCUUCAGAGUGCCUGGUCAGGACUGAACACUCAAAUUCAGAUUUUCACCCCCUAAAAUAGAGCUAUAUAUUAAAAGAAACAAGCAUAGAAAAUGGAGGGGAUUCCUGUUCGGGUGACAGACAGGUAGCCAUGUUGACAGAAUGAAAUGUGUGACUGUAGAAGAACAUCAUCUUAUAAUCUGAAGUAUGUAUUUAAUCCACCUAUCAAGGGCAUUGUCAGUAGGUGAGGUCUAAGGCAUGAUUCACUAUUUGCUUGUAUCACUGCCUGCGAACCUGCUCCUUCUCGUGUUUAAGUAUGUAUGCUUUAUUUGCAAUGACGGCUAUCUGGUAAUGACCAAAAAGUGUUGGGAAAGCAGGGACUUCAAGCUUGAAAAAUACAUUCAUUUCAUUUUGACAUUU